GUGCGGUGGGAGCACAUGCUGCUUCAGUUCCUAGGAACAUCUCUGGAGAUGAUAGACGACAGUGCCUGGAGCAGGCAGAUAAGCCUUGAGUUUAGCCAGCAGAUGGCCAGCUAUACCAGCCCCUCCCAUGAGAAGAGUUUCCUGUAUAAGGCGCUAGGAACGUCCUUAGCAGUUUGUAAGGACCUGGUCCACGUUAAAUCACAGCUUCAUCAAUUUCUGAGAACAACAGAUUAUAUGGAAGUCCCUGAGAGAGAGGGAGUCAUUUCCAUCCUCGCAUUCUCUGCUGAGAGCCAUCUGGACCUCACCCUGAACGCACUUCAGGAGUUUGGGGCUGCAAUGAACAAAGUUAAGAUUCCUGGGUUCAUCAGCCGCCUGAAGGACUACCACCAUGGGAAGAGAGGCAAGACUCGCAGCACCCUGAUGCUGACCUACAGCAGCGUGGCUGUCCAUGCUCCAAAAGACCAGCUUCUUUCCCGAGUAGAGGCAGACAUCACAGGGAACAUCCUUCUCCAUUACAGAGCCAGUUGUCAGGUGCUGGGCAUCACUGUUGCGAACAAGGACAUGUACCUAAAAUUAACCCUCAUCCACAAUGUCAUGGAGAUUAGCUGUGCCAUCUUGGAGACCAGAGACUCCCAGGAGUUCGAAUUCUCUUACAAACUGGAGCUCCUUGGCUACAUGCUGGACUUCAUUAAAAAGGAACCACUGGAUUCCCUGGCAUCUCCAGUUCGCUACAAGGCAAUUCUUGCCAUUGAACAUCUGAGCAAACUGAAACCAUCUCUGACCUUGGAGGAAAACCGUGAGCUCCUUGAUCAGUGCUUCAAAAGUUUAUUUCCCCUUCCUCCCUUGGAGAUGAUGAAAAAGGAAGGCGAGACAGCAAAGAAUGCUCUGCUUAUACAAUCACUCUACGUGAGGUCCUUCGAAGCCCUUGGCGAACUAACGGAGACUUUGCUGGAGGGAGAACCAACCUCAGACUGGUUCCAGGAAAUGUUUGAACUCCUAGCGACAUGGUUCAGUUCAGGGAAGGAGUGGGAGAGAGAAAGGGCCUUGCAGGCCAGCAUGCAGCUGCUGACUGCCUAUCAAGAGACAGUUCAUAGCACAACUCAGGAAACUUUUAAUCAGUUUGGAUCUGUGAUUGGACAAAUAGCACCAUACAGCUGUGAUUCACUGGCCACGUCCCGUCAGUGGGUGGUUGACUGUAUCAGCUGCCUUCUCAGUAUGCAAGGCCAGCCCAUGAACCUCGGGUCAGUGGAGGAGGAGCUGAGCUGUCUCCGUGAAGAACUAACAGCAGCUCCAGACCCUGAGGCUCUGUUUCAGGCAUCUUCCAAAAUGGCCAGGGUUGUUAGUGAGUACUUCCCUUCCGAACAGGCUGCAGACUUUAUUGAGGCCACAAUGGAUAGUAUGCUGUCUGCUAACCCCACCUGUGCCACGGCAGCUGGGCUAUGGAUGAAGAUCAUCCUAAAGGAGUGUGGAGAUGCCAUGCUGGACCAGGUGCCAGCUAUUCUGAAUAUAAUAUAUAGCCACAUGCUUAGUAUCAAGGAGGGCAGCUUGAGGCAGUUCCUUCUGGAGGCAGUGUCCAUUCUAGCUCAUCAUCAUCUAGAGGCAGUGAUCUCCAGCCUCCUCAGAAAACGUCUGCCGAUGAACCGUGACACCACUGAACUGUGGAGAUCUCUGGGGGAAGACCCCUUGCUUGCCACUCAAGUCCUACAGGUCCUAAUAGAAAAAAUAAAGACUUCAACAAGCCAAGAAGGAAGCGUCACCUCAGAGACUGAAACUGACAGGCAUUUGGCAGCUGCUGAACCUCUCUCAGCAACAUGUGCCAUCUUUCAGGUGGUGUCAGCACUGCAGUCGAGCAAAGCCGUGCAGGAGCUGCUCCCAGAGUUGUUUCCUGUUCUCCUGCAGCAGGUCAGCCGAACCUUAGGCCAAAAGAUGCCUUUGCCAGUGAUCAGCAGCCCGAGCCUAGGCCAAAGAGACCGACAACAUACUGAAGGCAACCCUUGCCGGUUUUCUGUCCAAGCAUUAGAAUCUGUGCUUUUCAAAGUUGGGAAUGCGAGACUGAUGAGAGAACUCAGGGAGCAGAGAACUUGGAUUCUGCUUGAAAACCCCCAGACUCACCAUGAGGGAGUGUGUCUGCUGGUGAGCGUUCUGCUAAAAUCUGAACUAGUAACACCUGAGAUCAUCCAGAACCUCCUCCCCUGGGUGAAUUCCCCGACAGAAAACUACCGAGUCACGGGCACAGCUUUCCUUGCCCAGCUAAUGAGUAAUCCCAUGCUCAGGGAGAAGAAGUUCCUUAAGAGUGUCUUACACAUCUUGGAAGAAAGGUCACAGGAUAGGAACAGCAUUGUCCGUCAGAUGGCUGUAAGAGGCCUGGGAAAUAUAGUCGAUGGGGCGCCUGAGAAGGUGAAAAAGCACAAGAAGUUUCUUCUGGACAUACUGAUCGGGGCCUUACAUGACAUUUUCAGUUCUGAAGUCAUUGGCGAGAGCAUGAAAGCACUGGCCAAAGUCCUGAAGGAGCUGAAAGAGAAGGACAUCGGUUCUUCCUUCAGAGACCUCACCCAACAGAUCAGGACCUACUUUGACGAUGAGGAUGAUGCCCUUCGUUCAAUGGCCUUUGUCCUAUUUGGCAUCCUGGCUCAGUUGACAAAAAAAAAAUGGAAGGCCUAUUUCACCGAGCAGGUUCGAAAGAGCUGGGUCACACUUCUGCUGCACCUGCAAGACCCAAACCCCCAGGUUUCAAUGAAAUGCAGAGCUACGUUUCACCUCUGUUUCCCGUUUUUGGGACUGAAGAGAUUCCAGCAUGCGAUUAGUAAGCACCUUGGUGGCACAGACGAGCUGAAUCCUACAGAGCUCCAGGAGGACAUUUGCAGACACCUUGCCAAAGAGAAUGCAGAACUGCUGGAGAACUUAUACAAAACUACCCUCAUGUACUUCUACAGCAGCUGGGAAGGGAUCCGGGCAGCUGCCGCCAAGUUAGCUGGCUUCAUCCGGGAACACACAGACAUGCAGCGUAUGAAAUGGCUGGACCUGGAAUAUCUGCUGAUGUCUCUCCGGGUCCUAGAGGAAGACCCAAGUUCCACUGUCCAGCUGGUGGCAACUGAGAUCAUAAGUGACAUCUGUUCUGGUCGAGUGCUUGAGGAAUGAAGCGGAACAGAGACAAACAGAACAAGGCACUCCAGUAGUAUAAGGGCCCUACCAUUAAUCAAAUGUUAAACCCACCCCUUGACUCAAUAAGCCCUGCCCACCAGUCAUCGGAAGCCCCAACCCAUGGGGUAUUACUUCUGGGGCCAAGGCGGACACAUGACCGGAAGCAAGAUGUGUCAUGUGACCCCUCUAAGAACUCCUCCCACUGUCCUCUACCAAUCAGGAUGGGUUUCACCCCGAUAGGAAUGCCCCGAGAGAAGAUUUGACCAAUCAGGGGGAGUUCCGGGGCAGGUGACCUGUCCAGAAGUUAUUUGUGUGACCCCUCUAAGAACUCCUCCCACUGCCGUCUACUGAUCAGGAGGGGUUUCAGCCACUGGGGAUCACUCCAAGAGGAGAUUUGACCAACUGAGGGGAAUUCUGGGGUGGGGUGACCCGUCCGGAAGUGCUUCAUGUGACCCCUCUAAGAACUCCUCCCACCACCCUUUACCAAUUGCGAUGGGUUUCAGCGGCAGAGGAUUGCCCCAAGAGGACAGUUGACCAAAAUAGGCUCGACGAUGCCUUUCAAGAGGUCUUUGAGAACUUACACAUCGGUAGCCCUGUUGUGCAUCAGCUGUUUUUGCUCCUGUCUGAGACGCAGAUCUCGAGAGGAAAAUCCAGAAAAGGACAAAAUAGAAGAAUGAAUCAGCUCAGAGUCCCUCGUUGUAGGGGUCAUGGUGUCCAUUUUUACAGGCGGCUGUCAAAGGUUGUGUUAAACCAGGCAAUUAAUUAAACUUAUUUAAAUGUG